AGUCAAGUUCUGAACUAGCAUUGUUUUGGUUUUUCUUUGUUUUCUGUUUUAGAAUUGUCGGUCAAUUUACAAUUGGACAAAUGGAGCAGCAACUAGAAAAAGUGUUGAGUGAAAUCGUAACACAACAAGACACAGUGGGUGCGUUACUUGCGAAUCGGCAAGGGCUCUGCUUGGGCGCCAAAGGCAAUAUCAAUCCCAAUGUAUCUGGCAUUGGUACGGCCAUAUCCGAGCAGGUGGCCAAGCUGGAGCCGAAUAGCACUGUGCCAGCCACCGUUUGUCUUUACAGCGGCAAUAAGCGCUGUCUUAUACAAAAGGAUGGGGAAAUAACGGGAAUCAUUUAUAAGCAAACAACAACAGCAUCGACAUCAAUCGGCAAUUAGCAUGCUGUCGAGUUCCUCGUGUCUUGGGCCAAAUUGAGACAAAUUUCUUCCAAAUGCGCUCGAGUAUUGCAGCAAUAGCUGGGAUAGCCAUAUAGCGACACAUACACAGCCUUAGCAACACACCCAAUCACACCCACCCACCCACACACACACACACACACACACACACACACACACACACACACACAGGUAUAGCGAUUGUUAACUUGAGCUGCAGACUUUGUUGAUUUGUUUUAAAUGGCGUUUAUUGGCUUGUGUAAUUUCUAUUUUUUUUAAUGAGCAUAAUGUAUUAUGGUUCUACUGUUGUAAACAAAAGUUUAAUUCGACAUUUAGGUAGCAUAUAGAUAUAAACAUUUUGUACGAUUAGGCUUAAAAGUGAUCAAAAAGUAUAAUUACACAUGCAUACACACACACAUUUAUAUAUACAUAUACAAAUACAUUGUAACCGCCAAAAACAAUCAUUGUACAAAUUGUUUAAAUUGACUGCCGUUGGCAUUGAACUUGUUUCAGCCAAAUCAAUUGAGCUGCUUAAUGCCGUUAAAGUUUUGUUACAUAAUUGCAGUAUGUAAGUCCAAUUGCCAUUGAAAUAGAUUAUUUAAUUACCACUGCAUGACGUCAACAAACGUUUAAUGAUCUUUAAACUUUAAAUCCAAAGGUCAACUCUUCCGCAUGGUUAUGGAUGCAAUGAUUGUUCGAUCAAGUGUUUAUAGUCAGAUCUGUUCUUCAGAUCUGUCCCUUACGUUUAGCUUUUCAUGGUAUCUUAUUAGAAAGUAAUUUACUUAUAAUAAUAAUUCACCUAUAUCUUCGCUAUUUCAUUUUCGCUUUCGAUCUUAUAAAAAACCGUUUUUGCCAGCCUCUCAACUUUUCAAAGCUUCCGAAACCAGACAUAGCAAUUGUUUCACAUAGCCAUGAGCCAAUAUGCGAGUCUUAUAGCUUAAGUAGCCAUUCAUGUAAGUUCCUAGCUUAUAAUGAUAAUAAUAAAAGUAUGUGUGAA